AUGGUCAGAAGCCAAAUUUUGUUGAUGAAUGCCUUGCCGAGUGUGAGAAAAGCAUAUUCCGUAGUGAAUCAAGAUGAGAGCCAAAAGACUUUAGCAGGAUUGAAUGCUAAUGCAGAUGUAACUACACAACUCUAUGCUCAGAAUGAUUACCAGUUUACAAAAGGAAAAGGGAACUCAAAAUCCAAAUACUCUACUAAUCAGGUGCAAUCACAGGAUACAGUUGCAGAAACGACAGAUGCAAAGUCUCCUAAUAUUCCAGCUGGACCUGUUUUCACAUCAGAGCAGUACAAUCAGAUUUUGGAGCUGUUAGGAAAUGAGAAUGUACCCUCUACAAAUCAUUCAGUUGCAAACCUUAUAGGGUUACCUAAUGGCACUAAGACUCAUAUUGCACAUGUAGGUUCUGCAAUUUUGGACAAUGGCAUGCAUCUCUCAAAAGACCUUUACAGUGGCAAAUUGAAGGGGAUUGGUAAGCAUAAGCAAGGCCUAUAUUUCCUUGAUCCAAUUUCACAAAAAUCAAUAAUGUCAGUAGAUGCUUCACAUAAAGCUGUUCGUAAUAUUUCAAAAGAGCAGUCCAACAUCAGCUCGUCUCAUGCAAAUGCAGCAGCUCGUGACGAACUGUCUAACAUUAGCUCGUCUCAUGCAAAUGCAGCAGCUCGUGACGAACUGGUUGCUACAAGCAGCUCGUCUCAUGCAAAUGCAAUAGCUCGUGACAAACUGGUUGCUACAAGUAGCUCGUCUCAUGCAAAUGUAACAGCUCGUGGUGAACUGGUUGCUACAAGCAGCUCGUCUCAUGCAUCAUCAGCUCGUGACGAACUAGUUGCUUCAAGCAGCUCGUCUCAUGCAAAUGUAGCAGCUCAUGGGGAACUGGUUGCUACAAGCAGUUCGUCUCAUGCAAAUACAGAAGCUCGUGGCAGAUACACAACUCAUAGCUCAAUUUUGAUUAAAAAUCCACAACUCUAA